UCCCUCCUUCCCUCCAUCUCCAUCUCUCCAUCUCUCCAUCUCUCUCUCUCUCUCUCUCUCUCGGCUCGCAGCAGUGCGGCCGAGGCACAGCGUCCCGUGGGCACACGCGCCUCCCUCCUUCUCCCUCUUUCUCCCCCCACUCUAAAAGCCACAGUUCUCUUGUCCCCACGCCAAAAAGACACCACCCCCUUCCCCUCCCCUCCCCUCUCCUCUCCACAACAACUACAACCGCAGCAGCCCAGCCGACUGACAGAACCCGCCCUUCCAUCCCUCGCCCCGGUCGUUUCUCCCUCCACUGAAAAUUCCCAUCUCCGAAACGCUCAUGUAAAUCCGAAUCCUCCCUCUCUCUCUCUCUCUCUCGCGCUCGGCUCGGCGGCGGCGGUGGUGGUGGGUUGCUCGGGCGUGGUUGUCUACCAAAUCUGGAGCAACCCCAUUUCACCCUUUUCCGGGAAUCUGCUGCACAUGGUCGGUUUCGAUCUCUCUCUCUCUCUUUCUUGGGUGUGCGUGCGUGCGCGUCUGUUGUGCUAUAGAGUUUUAUGGUGGUAGCGCCGUUUCGCAUCCGCCAUCAAGGUAGCUCCUUUUCGGAUUCUUCGCCGUCGGUAUCGACCCCCUCUCGCAAAUCUUGAAACUUUCCGCCUGCAUCUGCUCUCACCCAUUUGGCCUCCGUCUCUGAAGAAGGCGCUCGACCAGGCGUUUUACUUUAUAGUUUGAGAUGAUGGAUGGAGAAACAUCUUGGGUUAGCUGCAAUUACGAUACUGCUAGAGACAUAGAUGAUUACGAAUUGUUCUCUGAGCUUAGCGAUGAAGGCAAUCAAGCAGCUUCUGCAGUCUCUCUCGAUGUAAUCUUGCCGGAUGAUAUAUUGGAACGAAUCUUGGCUUGUCUCCCUGUUGCAAGCAUCUUCAGAGCAGGUUCUGUUUGUAAAAGAUGGCAGGAAAUAGUUAGCUCAAGAAGGUUCCUAUGGAACCUGUCACAGGUAUUGUCACAGAAACCUUGGUAUUUUAUGUUUACGAGUACUGAUGACCCUGGUGGGUAUGCCUAUGACCCAAUCCUUAGGAAGUGGUACAAUAUUGAGCUGCCUUGCCUUAAAACGUCCAAUUGGUUCAAAGCUUCUUCAUGUGGGUUGGUUUCCUUCAUGGACAAUGACAGCAGAAGUGAAUUAUACGUCUGCAACCCGAUCACUAAAUGUUCGGAGAAGCUAGCAGAGCCCCCGGGUUUGAAAUUUUCUGAUUACAGUGCCCUGGCAAUGUCGACCAGCAGAGUUUCCAAUGGUUAUCAGAUCUCCAUUGUGAAAUCAAAGCAAAUCCCUGGUAAUUUUGUCCAGUGGGAUCUUUCAAUUCAUCUAUAUGAUUCCGAGGCUAGGAUGUGGGCCACCUCGCAUACUGAGGUUUUCACUGGUUGGAGGGCUGGUGAUGAGUGUGUGAUUUGUGAUGGCAUUUUGUAUUUCUUGAUUUACUCAACAGGUGGUAGUUUGCUGGAAAAUCGUCAUGGCCUAAUACCAUAUGAUCUCUCAGGUCGAUCUUCCCAUGAUCUGUUGAUCAAUAACUCUAUUCCGGUACCUUGCCCCCUUACCUGUGGCCGUCUGAUGAAUCUGAAGGGGAACCUGGUUAUGGUGGGAGGAAUUGGUAAGCAAGAUCGGCCCGACAUAAUUAAGGGGAUUGGCAUCUGGAUGUUAAAAGGGAAGGAGUGGCAAGAGAUUGCCCGCAUGCCCCAUAAGUUCUUUCAAGGAUUUGGGGAACUUGAUGAUGUUUUUGCCAGCAGUGGUAUGGAUGAUCUGAUUUACAUCCAGAGCUAUGGAUCCUCGCUGCUUCUUCUUUUUGACAUGAACCUAAAAACAUGGAAGUGGUCUCCAAAGUGCCCUGUGACGAAGAGGUUCCCUCUUCAGCUUUUCACUGGUUUUUCGUUUGAGCCCAGGCUUGAAAUUGCUCCCUAAUUUGCUUUUUGUUCAAUUCGAUGGUCACUUUUGUUGGGGCAACACUUCAUAUUCGCUGUGUUUGUUUGCAAUUAACUUAAGUUACAUGAUCAAGUGGCAUGACAAAGUUUAUAGAGAAUGUAGCAGCAAUGGAAGCAGAUACCAUUCUUUGCAUUCAGAAAAUGGGGAGUAAAUACGAGCUUUGGGUUCUUUAUUUCACAAAUGGAUGUCUUUUGUAUUUAAGAUUCUACUUUCUGACAUUUCUGACAUUCGACUCGGUGUUUGUGCUUCGUAGUGCUUUUCAUAUACUUAGUGCGUAGUAACUAGAAUUUGAUGGUA